CUCAAUAUCUUAUCAACAUGAAGGUUUUGGCAUUAGUUAUUCUCGCCGUGGCUUCCGCAUCUGGCAAGGGAUCUGGACCCUACCUACCCAGUGGAUGGAGGCCAGAAGGGCCAGCCUUCUUUCUACCGUCUGAAGUGAAACCCUCUGAAAAUCCACUUAAAGAUGUAAUCCUCGCUGGUUCUGAAGCAUCAGGAUCUGAUUUCCUCCGUGAAUACGGACCACCGAAAGUUCAAGAGGUGUCCCAAAAUUUGAUCAACCAAGGACUCCCCGAUGUAGCUACCGAACAAACUUUUGACAUUAUUCCUCUAUUUAUUGCUGAGGCUAAAGAAAAUGUAGAGGCAGAAGUAGAAGCAAUCACAGAAAAUACUGAAACUAAAACAGAACAAUCCGAAGGUACCACAGAAUCAGUCAUCCUAGAAGAGAAGACUACAUCAAUCAAUCUACCAAUUGUAGAAGUCGAAAGGAUUGUCGAAACUUCUCAAACAACUCUUGAAAAUGGCGUCGAAACCACAAACACUAACGUUGAAAUAUCUCAGUUCGAAAAUAUCGUAACGUCUGAGGGUACUGUUGAGAAGGUAGAAAUCACUCAAGAGAGUAGCCAGAAGACAGAAGUAACUAACCAACAGUCAGCCCAAGAAUCGACUUCGUCUAACGUUGAGGUGUCGAAAGUAGUUGAAAGGAUUGUCACCGAGCAAGUGUCCCAAGAAUCAGUAAACCAACAAGAAUCCGUCACAUCCACAGCUGAAUCUCAGUCUGAUGUUACAGAAAAAACUGAAGCCGCAAUAGAAAACUCAGAUUCAUCAUCAAGUCUCGUUACUGAAGUUACUCUUCAACAAGCUCAAAACAUCCCCGAUAUUAUCGCUAGUCUUGAAAACGAAAUCAAAGCUCAACAAGCGGAAGAAAACCAAGCAGUCAGCGACGUGUCUGCUGUUCAAAGUACUGGUUCCAUUGAGCAAGCCCCGGAAGGUUUCCUUGAGUACGGUCCCCCUGGCUUCGCCGAGUACGGACCCCCCAAAGGCGAUCAACUUACUCAAGAAGCUAAUGAGGAGAAAUCCGCAGACCUAACCUUCGAAACCAACGAGACCAGAAGACGUCGUUUCUCACCAAAAUUCAAAUCGUCAAAGAAGCACUAACGGUAAUUUUCACACCAAGGUCGGCUUUAAGAUUGUAAUCUAGACUAUGCUAAUCAACAUACUAUCCUUAGCGCAAUAUAAAAUGUAAACAUUGAAAAAAUAAUAAAUAUUGAUAU